UGCACGCACGGGUGGAUGAGAGACGGUGUAGCGGGUCGCUCGGCUCCAACCAGACCUCCGCAAGGCGCUCGGCCCCCCGCAGGACACACUCACUCGGCACCGGAGCGGCACAAGUCCCAGACUCAGACAUGGCUCUGAAGAUUGUCAAGGGGAGCAUCGAUCGGAUGUUCGAUAAGAAUCUCCAGGAUUUAGUACGUGGCAUCAGGAACCACAAGGAGGAUGAGGCCAAGUACAUCUCCACGUGCAUCGAUGAGAUCAAACAGGAGCUCAAGCAGGACAACAUCGCCGUCAAAGCCAAUGCUGUGUGCAAGCUCACCUAUCUUCAGAUGCUGGGCUAUGACGUCAGCUGGGCCGCAUUCAACAUUGUUGAAGUCAUGAGCUCCUCGAAGUUCACAUACAAGAGGAUUGGCUACCUGGCGGCUUCUCAGUGCUUUCACGAGAGCACCGAUGUCAUCAUGCUGACAACCAAUCAGAUCCGAAAGGAUCUCAGCAGUCCCAACCAGUACGACACAGGCGUUGCCCUCACUGGCCUCUCCUGUUUUGUGACCCCUGACCUCGCUCGGGACCUGGCCAAUGACAUCAUGACACUGAUGUCGCACACUAAACCCUACAUCAGGAAGAAAGCUGUGUUGAUCAUGUACAAAGUGUUCCUCAAGUAUCCGGAGUCCCUGCGCCCUGCUUUCCCCAGGCUUAAGGAGAAACUGGAAGAUCCAGACCCAGGCGUCCAGUCAGCAGCAGUAAAUGUCAUCUGUGAGCUGGCCCGCAGAAAUCCCAAGAACUACCUGUCUCUGGCCCCGCUCUUCUUCAAACUCAUGACCUCCUCUACUAACAACUGGGUCCUCAUCAAGAUCAUCAAGCUGUUUGGUGCGCUCACACCACUCGAGCCACGGUUGGGGAAGAAGCUGAUCGAACCUCUGACUAACUUAAUCCACAGUACCUCCGCCAUGUCUCUGCUGUAUGAAUGUGUCAACACCGUGAUUGCAGUGUUGAUUUCUCUGUCCUCGGGGAUGCCUAACCACAGUGCUAGUAUCCAGCUCUGUGUGCAGAAACUGCGAAUCCUGAUCGAAGACUCGGACCAGAACUUGAAGUACCUGGGCCUGCUGGCCAUGUCAAAGAUCCUGAAGACCCACCCCAAGUCAGUGCAGUCUCACAAGGACCUCAUCCUCCAGUGUCUGGACGACAAGGAUGAGUCCAUCCGCCUCCGAGCUCUGGACCUGCUCUAUGGCAUGGUUUCUAAGAAGAACUUGAUGGAGAUCGUAAAGAAGCUGAUGCUGCAUGUGGACAAAGCAGAAGGAACCACCUACAGAGACGAGCUUCUCACCAAGAUCAUUGACAUCUGCAGCCAGAGCAACUACCAGUACAUCACCAACUUUGAAUGGUACAUCAGUAUCCUGGUGGAGCUGACCCGGUUAGAGGGCACGCGGCACGGCCACCUCAUUGCCUCUCAGAUGUUGGACGUUGCUAUUCGGGUCAAAGCCAUCAGGAUCUUCGCUGUGGCCCAGAUGGCUACUCUGCUGGACAACGCCCACCUGCUGACCGGCAACAUGCAGCGGAACGGCAUCUGUGAAGUGUUGUACGCUGCAGCCUGGAUCUGCGGCGAGUUCUCAGAACACCUGGAGAACCCAAUGCAGACGCUGGAGGCCAUGCUACGGCCAAAGGUUGCCACCCUCCCCGGCCACAUACAGGCAGUGUACGUGCAGAAUGCAGCCAAGCUGUUUGCCACCGUGCUGAAGAGCCAGGAGGGGAACACUGAAGGCACACCCGCACAGGAAACCAGCCAGCUGAUGGUUGAGAGGCUACCGCUGUUUGUCCAGAGCGCCAACCUGGAGGUGCAAGAGAGGGCGUCUUGCAUCCUGCAACUUGUCAAGUACAUCCAGAAACUGCAGCAGAAGGAUGUAGAGGUAGCAGAGGAAGUGAGUGCUCUGUUUGCUGGAGAACUCAACCCUGUGGCACCCAAGGCACAGAAGAAAGUGCCUGUUCCUGAAGGUUUGGACUUGGACGCCUGGAUCAACGAGCCUCCGUCUGAGAGCGAGUCUGAGGAUGAACAGCCCAAGGCUAUUUUCACCAGGGAGGAGCCCAAACACUCCCGCCCCCGUCACACAGAGGUGGACGAGAAGGAACUGGCAAAGAGGAGAGAAGUCAGAAAGCAGGAGCAAGCCAACAACCCGUUCUACAUCAAGGCCUCCCCAUCCUCUCAGAAGGUUUAUCAGGAAACCCAUGGAGUGGAGCACAUCCCAGUUGUGCAGAUUGACCUCAGUGUGCCUCUCAAAGUCCCAGGUCUGCCUAUGUCUGACCAGUACGUCAAGCUGGAGGAGGAGCGCCGCCAGAAGGAUAGAGCAGAUAAGAAGAAGAAAAAGAAGGAGAAGAGGAAAGACAAGCGCACUGGACGAGGGAAGAGACAUGACUCCGGCCCAGAGAGCGAGGAGGACAUCACCCCUGCGCAUAUGGUCGAUAUAGUUACUGAGGAGAUGCCAGAGAAUGCCUUACCCAGUGAUGAUGAUGACAAAGACCCCAAUGAUCCUCACAAAGCGCUGGACAUCGACCUGGACAACUUGUUGGAGACGGCUGGGCGCAGGCCUCUUGCAGACAGUGAGAAGCUACCAGUCAGGUCGCACCGUGCAGCAGAGGCUCUAAAAAGCCCCGGAGAAGAUGGAGACGCAGUGAGUGCCGCCACUCUUGAGCCCAGGAAGAAGAGAAGCAAAGAAAAGAGGGAGGAGAAGAAGAAGGAUAAAGACGGAGAUAGGAAGAAGAGCAAAGAAGAGAAGAAGAAGAAAAAACACAAACACGAAGAAAAGGAGGAGAAUCUUCUCAGCGGUCAGGCAGACGAACCUGUGGUCCAAUCAGAAGAAAGCAGUCAGGUGGCAGCACCGCCCACAUCGACCAGCGCUGAGGUUUCGGAUCUGGAUUUCUGGCUCUCAAACGCUCCAGUGCCCUCUAACACCCAGGAAGCAGCAACAGUAGCAGCAGCAGCAGAAGCAGCCUCUGUGCCCGAGGCGGUCUCAGGCACAGCGCCAGACUCGGAGCCUGAGGAGCCUAAAGAUGCCGAGAUGGAGGAGACUAAGUCCUCCAAACACAAGAAGAAGAAGCAAAAGAAGGAGAAGGAAGAGAAGGAGAAGAAAAAGAAGAAGAAGCAUCAUCACCAUCAUCGCCACAGUGACGCAGGUGGCGAAGAGUCUGUGCAGAAUGGCACAGUGGAGGAGGAAGAACCUCUGCCGUCCAUGUCCAAUUACUGCCUGCUGGCGGAGAACUCCUACAUCAAGAUGAUGACGGAAGAUGCUGAUCAGGUUUAUGACAUCCAGGGGAACCUUCAGGAUGGCAGUCAAGUUGUGGUGUCUGUUAUAUUUGAAAACAAGUGUGACAGCUUCCUCAAAUCCAUGGAGUUCAACGUCCUGGACUCGCUCAACUCCAAGCUCCAGAGGCCAGAGGGCUCGGGUCCACAUGAUGGCCUCACUGUCCCCUUCCAGCUUCCACCAGGGGUGUCCAAUGAGGCACGAUUUGUCUUCACCAUGCAGAGCAUUGUGAUGCCCCAGAAACUGAAGGGAACACUCACCUUCAUUGUCAAGAAUGACGACUCCUCCACUCAUGAGAAACUGGACUUCAAACUGCACUUUACCUGCACCUCGUACCUAAUUUCCACUCCUUGCUACAGUGAUGCGUUUGCAAAGUUGCUGGAGUCAGGGGACCUGAAGAGCAGCUCUAUUAAACUGGAGGCGGUCCUUAUGCCCUUUCACCACCUACUAGCCAGGAUCUGCUUCCACCACCACUUCUCAGUUGUGGAGAGGAUCGACUCCUGUGCCUCAAUGUACAGCAGGACUAUCCAGGGUCACCACGUCUGUCUGCUAGUCAAAACUGCUGAUCAGACAGUUUCCAUCGACGCUAAAUGUGACGAGCCGACGCUGCUUGGGAAUGUGCUGGAUGAGAUCAAGCAGACCUUCUCUCAGUGCUGAUUGUGUCUGACAGCCCCGGGUUGCCCCCAACCCGGCCACAUCAACCCGAGCCCCCCCCCCCCGCCUCUCCCUUACUGAAACACAGUAUAAUCAUAUUAUGAAACACUGAGGCUGGCACUUCCAUCACCGUUCCUCUGGUCCUGAAAUUUCCAACAUUUCUUUCCCCCUUACCUUCCACUUCAGCAUUCUGCAGUCUGUUUUUUCCUCUGAGCUCUGUGGUCGCUCUCCCGACUCUCGAUGUUGUUUUACAGACUCGCUGUGUCCACGUUCUGUCUUCUCUGCAAUGCACUUUCAUCUUCCCUUCAGCUCCUAACAGCCGCCCCCCGUUUCCACCCCCCGACUCUGUACUUUUACUCCUGUUGCUGGACGCCCUGCGUUCUCUGCUCUUUCCUCUUUACCUAUACACCCUCUACUCUGUCUGCAAUUCAUUCUAUGACAGUCAUGUAAUGUUAUGUUGAAAACUGGACUUUUGUUGUUGAUGGUUGAAUUGUGUUUUUACCGUUUUGAAGUUUUUGUUUGAUUCUUUGUUUGUUUAUUUCUGUUCAUUUUAUUUGUCUAAAGCCUUCCUGCGCCUUUGUCUCACCCCUGUCCGUCUGCUCACUAAACAUCUAUUUAGGCCUGGAACAACCAUGUGACCGAAUCCUUCUCUGAUUGGCCCUAGCUGGAAGAAAAAAUUGGGAGUGUAACCUGCUCACCCAUCUCUGAUAAGGGGCCUAGAGGAGACCAGACACUGGGUGACUGCAGUGAGAAUAGUGUAGAGAUGAAACUAAAGUUACAUACAAGGCCAGGGUCUUGAACUAGUAUCAAAGCUGUUCCCCUGUUGCCUUUCUGGCGAGGCUCGGCACAGAUCGGCCAGUGCAAGUGUGACGGAACGCUUGGUACUAGGGAUGACUUGUGCAGCAGACCAGUGGUUUCGCUCUGUGUCUUUAGUCGUGCUGUCGGACCUACUCCAGCGCUUCAGGAGCCUCAUUGAGUCCAACCUCCCUCUCCUGCGCAUUCGCUCCCUCGUCCAACUGUGCCACGCUUCAGUUUGCCCCAAUCCUCCUCCUGCCCCGCCACCACAAGAACGUCCAGCAUAUCAUUCCUGUCACAAAUCAAUGAAGAAUUUGGAAGAAUGUAAAUUGAAUGGAAAGAAUCAUUGUAAUUAUACAGAAGCAUUGUCUUAUUGUUUAAGAAGCUGCCGUGGUGCUGACCACCCUUCAUGUGUGUCACCACAUGAACACGUUUGUGACAGAAUAAUCUGAACAGGACGAGAGCUGCUGAUGUUACAUCACUGUCUUGCAGCCAAUGACUUGCUGAAGGAUGACAUAGUUACACUGUCAACCUCCCUGCAUUUUUUAAACCAGCUGCUCUGCAUAUCAGGUUGAUGUAGUUGCUCUCUCUGUAAGCAGAGACCGUGAAAUGGUCGGUGGUUUUAGGUUCUCUUAAAUUAGCAAGGCAACGUGGCUUCCACGCUCUGUCAACAGCAGAACAGAGUUUGCCUGUCUCCAUGUGUUAUCAUGUGAAACAUAUGUGUCUGUGCCACUUUGGCAUCACGGUAGCUGCACUCAGGCUAGCUGACACUCAGCCAGCGUUUAUCCAGAUAAAUCCCUGAUGUUUCUUCUCCCUUGUUAGAAACUGCCUUGCCACUGUUUUGUGCAUCGUGAACGUGAAAGGCCGAUCUUUAAAAGAAACAGCCUCCACUCAGAAGUCUCUCGGAGGUACUUGGAUGUUUUUGUUUGCGUCAUGCAUCUCACUACAUAGUGCAGCCUGACUUAAUCCUAGUAGUAGCAAGAUAAAAAACCUACUUGGUAGCGUCUCUGUUCAUAUAGCCUGAUAAGGCCCCUUCACAUCUGUCUGCUUUUGUAGAUAACGACUAUAUGAUAAUGAUGUCUGUGACCUGAGGGUCACAUCAGCCAUUCCACGAGAUCUUCUGUCCAGUAAUAGUGUCUGAAUACAGAGGUGAUCAGCUGUAUAUCAGGAAUGUCAAUAGGAAACAAGUAUUUAUGUUAUCCUUGUAUUUUCCUGAAAAUGACCGAUAUCAGUGAAAGUUGGGAAAAAAAUACUACUUCCCUAAUCAUACAUUGUCCUUUUAGUAUUUUCUUGUGCAUAAUGUUUGAUUAAAAUUUGUAUAAUGCAUGAUUAGGAAUGUACACUUUUUAUUUCCUGUUCAUCGGACAUGCUAACACAAACAAAAACAAUGUCAUUCCAUCUUGUCCUUUUUCCAUAGUCUUUUUUUAUUAUUAUUAUUAUUAUUAUACAGUUUAGUUGACCAUUUUCUGUUUUGAUGGUAUUUUGUUUUUAUCUAUUCUAAAAUCAUUCAUUUGAAGAGAUGAAAAAAAAGAUACUGUUGAAUGUUUUAAAUUAUUAAACACGGGGAGGGAAGGGGGUUCUGUUUGUUGUCAUGACACACAGGGCUUGGGGCUCCGGAUAGUAAGUUGAGGAACACGGGUCACGAUGUGAAGCAGUGUACUGAGAGACAACCCACUCUUGUCUUAAAUCUCUAUUGGUUCAGUUGUAGUGAGUUAUUUUACCGACGUUGGCUUGUGAGAUUGAUUUAUACUCCAAUAUGACUCUGAUUUCUGAAGAUCCUGUCUUUUCAUUUCUCCAUAACUCAGUUCUCCAGCUGUGUAACGUAAAAUGUUUUAAAGGGGGCAACAUCAAUGAUCCACAUUCCCUUUAAAGAAAGUCCAACCCAAAUUAAAAAUUAAAGGCUUUAAGAAGCUGCUGUAGUCUUUUUGUUUUACAAUGAAUCAAUAAACAAACACGUAUACCAAAAACAUA